AUUAUCCCCAACGGAUCAGAAAAUAUAAAAAUCCCAAAUUUCGAAAAAUGUCACUGACCGCACAAUUCUCGCCGCCGGUCACCGGAACAACCAGAAGAACCCGCAAAACUCACUUUCCGUCACCACCUCGUUAUACUCGCCGCGUAUUUCCGAUUUUACCUGAGAUUAGAACUCCGGCGACGAUUCGUCUGAGGAAAUCGCCGUAUCAAGUGGCCAAAGCUAUCGAACAGAGUCGAGAAACAGCUGGAUCUGAAUCCGAGUCGGAGGCGACUCCGUCACCGGGAGAGAGCGGCACCGGAGAAAAGGAGGUGGAGAUUAGCGCGCUAGGAGAAGAGAUAAAAGCGGCGAUGGAGCAGAGAAAAGCGGCGGAGGAGGAGAAAGGGAAGAAGAACGAGUUUCUGAGUGGAGUCGCGGAGGAAGUGAAGGAGAUUGAGUGGCCGGCGUUUCAGAAAGUUCUCGGAACGACCGGUGUCGUGCUUGGUGUCAUCGCCGGUUCUAGCAUCGUUUUGCUCACCGUUAAUUUCGUUUUGGCUGAACUUUCCGAUCGUGUGUUCGUCGGAAAAGGUGUUCAAGAUUUUUUCAGCUGAUUCCGUUGAAUUGAAAAUGGUAAAAUUUGUGUACAAUUUUAGUGAUUGCAAUGAAGAAAUUGAUAAAAAUCUGACCAGAUUUUUGGUUCUCAACUGGAUUGAUCAGAAU